CCAGCCCGUCGCACGCCUGCGUGAGCCACGUCAAGCCAUGCUUCUGACGGCGGGCUGCCCUCGCUUGUGCUGCCAGCGAGGGCGGGCGGCGGCGGCUAGGAAAAAUGUUGCACCCUAAAUCGACUUCGGCUGGCGCGCCCGUCGCCGGCGCAGGGAGGCCGGGGCGGCCAUGAGGCUCUGUCGUCGAGCCUGCACACCAGCAGGCCGCUGUCGACGCUACCCAGGCUGCUGGGAGAGCGGAGGGCUGCGGGCCAGGGCGUGGUCGGUAUCAGCGCUGGCUGUCCGCCUAGCUAGUGCGAGGCAAGACAUUCGACCGUAUGCCCAAUCUACUCGCGGCUUAGAGCGACCACGCCGCCAUCUGGCAGCCAGCCCACCAUUCCUUCGGCCAACGUGGCGGGACGAGCUGCAAAAAUGUCCGUCUGUACUACGCAGAGCCGCGACGGCGGUAACGAGGCGCAUGUAAUGGUCUGGCGGCCGUCCUGGGCGACGCCUGGUGCGAGGACCACCGUCGAUCCUGCUGCCGCCGUUGCUGCGUCGCC